AUGUAACACUAUAGCAGCUUGUAGGUACGACUCGAGUGUAGGCUGCACUAUUGAAGUCGAAUAAACGCCACAGAACGUGUGGAUGACGCUGCUGCUGGGGAAUCGAGUUUAUUUUUGCGUUUAACCAGAACCAAAUUGACUGUUGCGUCGUUGUUGUCGUUAGGAGUGGCAUUGUGAUAAAAAUUCCACCGAAUCGGCAGGCAAAAUGUCGAAAAAGUUGUUGAAAUUUCAAAUUAUCCUCGAUCGGGACUCGUUGCUUUAUCUGCCGGGUCAAGUGCUGGCCGGGCGAGUGCUGCUGGAAACGCAGGAAAACACAGCUGUUUUAGGCCUUUACUUCCACGUGCUGGGCGAGUGUACUGUAAACGCAACCAAAGCCACGCGCCGUGAUGACAAAGAGAACUACAUCGACUUCCGAAUGAAAUUGUUGGACGACUUCGACAAUAAGCCGAUCCUGCUCUCACCGGGGGUCCACUGCUUUCCGUUCAAAUUGGGCCUACCGGUCUCGCUGCCGUCCACGUUUCUCGGUCAGCACGGGUAUAUCCAGUACUACUGCAAGUCCAGCCUGAAGGAAUCUUCUGGAAUUACGCACAAAAAUCAACAGGUUUUCAUCGUUCUGAACCCGAUCGAUCUGAACCUGGAGGAUCCGCUGUUGAGUGAUCCCCUGGAAGCAAGUGCUAGACAUCGAGUGGGAGUUGGAGUGCUCGGAGGGACGAUACGUUGUAACGUUGGGCUGGAUAAGCGUGCCUACAUCCCUGGGGAGAACAUUCUGGUUACCGGUGAGAUAUACAAUCAGAGCAAUGUGACCAUUAAAGCGGUUAAGUAUGCGUUGAUUGAGACCAUCCAGUACUAUGCGCACGGAAAACUCCUCCACCAGGAACGUCGAGAGCUGGCUGCCAUCGUACGGGACCGUAUCAAGUCCGGCAUCCGAGAUGUGCUGCAGAAUGGGCACCUGACAGUGCCACCGCUGCCACCGACCAACCUGGUCGGGUGCCACCUGAUCCGGAUGCAAUACAGUGUUUGUAUUCUCAUUGAACCGAACCUGAUGGAACGACAGGUUGCACUGCGGGUCCCCAUCACCUUGGGCACCUACCCAUUCCGGCGGGACGAGGAAAACCUUCAGCAGUGGGUGGAGAACUACGUUCGUUAUCCUGCCACACUGCCAGUGUCUCGAGUGGCACCUCUGCUGCUGGCAGGUGAAAGUGGAUGAACACUAAACUAAACCCGGCUCUGGCUGCCUGCAGCCGCCUACAUCUUGCACCAUCGUAGGUAUGCAUGCACUCUCGUCGUCGUGCAACCCCGUACGGAUUGAUGCUUGACAAAGUUCUUCACUGUAACGAAUCACUAAUAGCGCAACACGUGGACAGGCUACAGGACAAUGCCUGCGGUGCGGUGCAUACAAAUAAAACGCUUCUGGAAGGAUUGUUCUGCUUGCACUGGAAAGACAUUACUGGCUGUAACAAAGGACAUUAUUCAAAUACAAUAGGGGUACUCACUAAACAGGUUAAAUUGCUGCGUAAGCCAUGAUUUUCUGCUUAUUUGAAAUGUUUCAUUAUUUUGCGAAUGAAAUAAUCAAAGAUUGCCUUGGUGAUCGCGACGUUUAAUCAGUUUAAACAGUUAACGCUGUUAUGUGAAUCCCCCUAAUAUUUUAUAACACAAGCAAAUAAUCGUUUUAUUG